GGCGGCGGCUGGGCCCUUCGCCUCCCCGCCGGCCUGACGCGGGAGAAGCCAAGAGUGACCCCCGAGCCCCUCCCUGCCGCUUGGAGGGUCUGUGAACUAAACCAGAAACAGCAAAGAGGUACCUUUUGAGGACCGACUCUUAGCAAGAAAUAUCGCAGAGCGCCAAACGUCCAGCGACUGACACUUUUGAUCUGCGUGUUUAGGCAGAAACAUGACUCAAAAAAUCGGGUUCCCGCUCUCCUGCUCAGUCUGGAGGCGACAGUUCGUCUGUCUGUUUCUCUUGGGUGUGACCGAGCACGCUGUUGUCUGCUGCCUGUUGCAGUCUGUCCUUGAAGGAAGUGUCAACUUUACACACCUUACCUGUAACCAGUCAAAGCAGCAUCAGGGCUCUUGUGAAAGAGAAGCCAAGUUAGCCUCAUCUUUCGACUUCUGGACUCUUUCCUGUGAAAACACUAUAGCUAUGUUGCCAGUUGAUCCUGUAAAAGAAAAUUAUGUUCGUAAAGUGAAAAACUGUAUUUUUUCAGUUGCCUUCCCUACUCCUUUCAAAUCAAGAGUACGUCUUGUAGCAGUUUCAAAGGAAGUUCUAGAAGGUAUUUUGGACCUUGAUUUAUCUGUCUCAGAAACAGAUGAUUUUAUCCAGCUUGUAAGUGGUGAAAAGAUAGUAUUUGGAUCCAUUCCAUUGGCUCACAGAUACGGUGGCCACCAGUUUGGAAUAUGGGCAGAUCAGCUUGGGGAUGGAAGAGCCCAGCUUAUUGGGGUUUAUAUGAACAGGCAGGGUGAAAAAUGGGAACUUCAAUUAAAAGGCUCAGGAAAGACCCCAUAUUCCCGAAAUGGUGAUGGUAGAGCUGUACUUCGUUCUUCAGUGAGAGAAUUUCUGUGUAGUGAGGCCAUGCACUAUCUGGGAAUUCCAACCAGCAGGGCUGCAAGUGUGGUUGUAAGUGAUGAUGAUGCAUGGAGAGAUCAGUUUUACAAUGGAAACGUUGAGAAAGAGCGAGGUGCAGUAGUGCUGCGUAUUGCAAAAUCAUGGUUCAGAAUUGGAUCAUUAGAAAUUUUGACUCAUUAUGGUGAACUGGAUUUACUAAGGACAUUAUUGGACUUCAUCAUACAGGAACAUUUUCCCUCAAUAGAUGUCAGAGAACCUGAUAGAUACGUGGAAUUUUUGUCUGUUGUGGUAUCUGAGACUGCAGGACUUAUUGCCUUGUGGAUGUCUGUUGGUUUUGCUCAUGGUGUUUGUAAUACUGAUAACUUUAGUUUGUUAUCUAUUACAAUUGACUAUGGUCCAUAUGGUUUUAUGGAGGCCUAUAAUCCAGAUUUUGUGCCAAACACAUCUGAUGAUGAGAAAAGAUAUAAAAUAGGAAAUCAAGCCAAUAUUGGGAUGUUUAAUUUGCACAAGUUGUUGCAUGCUCUAAACCCAUUACUGGAUCCUAGGCAAAAGCAGUUAGCUGCUCAGAUACUUGGCAGGUACCCUGCUCUUUAUUAUACAAGGUUUAGAGAACUGUUCAAAGCCAAGUUGGGAUUCCUGGGAGAACAGGAGGGCGAUGAUGAUUUAAUUGCGUUUCUCUUACAUCUCAUGGAAAAAACAGAAGCUGAUUUUACAAUGACGUUUCGGCAGCUCAGUGAGAUUACUCAAAGCCAGUUAUUGGAGCUCAACAUUCCUCAGCAUUUCUGGGCGCUGAAGAAGGUUUCAGAGCAUGAACUCUUUCCUGCCUGGGUGUCCCAGUACCUUCUGAGACUGAAGAGUAACAUGAAUGACUCAGAUUCUAAAAGAAGAAAAAGAAUGACAAGUGUCAACCCUAGAUAUGUGCUGAAAAACUGGAUGGCAGAAUCCGCAGUGCAAAAAGCAGAAAGGAAUGAUUUUUCAGAGGUCCGUCUUCUACAGCAAGUUCUUCAGCGUCCUUUCCAGAUGCAUUCUGCAGCCGAGAAGGCAGGCUAUUCCUCACCUACUCCUUCUUGGGCAAAAGAUCUCCGAGUUAGCUGCUCAUCUUAAUUUGGGAAAAAUAAAUUAAAUACCUCUAGUCGGAAUCGACUUGAUGAGAGUGGUUUUGGUUUGGUUAUCAUUGAAUUGAACACAGAAUAAUUUAUUUGAUAAAUCCUGAAUGACUGUCCACAUUUUGUUAAUAAUUCCACAUUUAAUUAUAAUGAUUAUAUAUAAAAAUACAUUUUAGCCAAAUAAACUGAUUCUUUAGAACA